UCUUCACUAAUCUCAAACAUAAACAACACUCAAAACUUCUUCCAAGGCUAAGCAAAAUGGCUCUUAGAAACUCUCUCGCCAUUUUCCUUGCCUUCAACAUCCUCUUCUUUGCCCUAACCGAAGCAGCCCGUUCAGGUUGUCCACCAUCGUCGUCUUACAACAAACCCAAGCCAACCCCAAGCGCACCCGCCAUCGAGACAUGCCCAAAAGAUGCUUUGAAGCUCGGUGUUUGUGUUCAGGCGCUUAACUUGGUGAAUGUGACACUAGGUGCUCCUCCGGUUAAGCCGUGUUGCAGCCUUAUUGAUGGUUUGGUCGAUCUUGAAGCUGCGGUUUGUCUUUGCACCGCAAUUAAGGCUAGCAUUCUCGGCAUCAACAUUAACCUUCCAAUCAAUCUUAGCUUGCUUCUCAACGUUUGCAGCAGGAAGGCUCCACGUGGCUUCCAAUGCCCUUAAUCUUAAUCCUGAAUUUAUGGCCAUGCAUGCAUGAAAUGUGCUUGACCAACUUUUAAAUUGUAUUCCUUCCUUUAUUAUAUGUUUUCCCUUUAUUUUGAUUUGGUGAAUGACAGAAUGAGCAACAGGAAGAUCCUCACCAAUCAAAAAUUGAGUUUGUGUACUUUCUGUAUGGCUUUAUCUUGAUAAUAAAAUAUUGCUUUUUAUUUCAGUUU